AGUGGACCAAUUCAGUUUGUCUGUGAUGUGUAUGCCGAGGAACUUAAAACUUGCUACCCUCUCCACUACUGUUCCAUCGAUGUGGAUAGGGGGGUGUUCCCUCUGCUGUUUCCUGAAGUCCACAAUCAUCUCCUUAGUUUUGUUGACGUUGAGUGUGAGGUUAUUUUCCUGACACCACACUCCGAGGGCCCUCACCUCCUCCCUGUAGGUCGUCUCGUCGUUGUUGGUAAUCAAGCCUACCACUGUUGUGUCGUCCGCAAACUUGAUGAUUGAGUUGGAGGCGUGCGUGGCCACGCAGUCGUGGGUGAACAGGGAGUACAGGAGAGGGCUCAGAACGGAUUUGAUUGGCGAUAUACCACACCCCCUCGAGCCUUAUUGCUUAAAUAAAUCAUUGCACCUACAGCCUUUACAGUAAAGUGUUACCCAAUUGAUUUCUACACAUUUUAAGGGAUAUUCCAAUUUAGUUUUACAUCAAAUCCAUUCACACAGAGUAAAUCGUUGCCCCCCCUUUACCUCCAGAACAGCCUGAAUUCUUCAGGGCAUAGAUUCUCCAAGGUGUGGCGUUCAAACGUUGCUCUAUUGGUAUCAAGGGACUUAAAUGUUUGCCAGGAAAACAUUCCCCACACCAUUACACCACCGCCACCAGCAUGUAUCGUUGACACCAGGCAGGAUGGAGCCAUGGACUCAUGCUGCUUACGCCAAAUCCUGACUCGUUGGACCAGACAAUGUUUUUCCACUCCUCAGUUGUCCAGUGUUGGUGAUCGCGUGCCCACUGGAGCCGCUUCUUCUUGUUUUUAGCUGAUCGGAGUGGAACCUGGUGUGGUCAUCUGCUGCACUAGCCAAUCCGUGACGAGGACCGACGAGUUGUGCGUUUCGAGAUGCCGCCUGUUAGCUUGCAAGAGUUUUGUUUGUCUCACCAUUCUCGGUAAACCCUAGACAAGCCCAGGAGACCGUCUGUUUCUGAGAUCCUGGAACCGGCACACCUGGCAUCGACGUUCAUACCAUGUUCAAAGUCACUUGGGUGACUCGUUUUGCCCAUUCUAACAUUCAAUCAACAAUAACUGAAUGCCUAUCUGCAUGCUUUAUAGAGCAAGCCAUUGACAGGUGACUCACUGUCUGUAGGAGCGACCCAUUUUCGUGAACGGGGUGGUUUACCUAAUAAUCUGGCCACUAAGUGUAUAUUUCAAGCUAAAUUGACUGUAAAUACAUUCCUUUCAAUAAAGCAUAUCUUUUGGAUAUGAAGAAUUGUGGGUGUCCAUACAGACCAAUAAUGUAAUUGUAGUUUAUUACUCACUGAGCUACUAGGGGAUUUCCCCAUUUGAAAGCGCAACAGAAAGGCCUGAUUUUAUAAUAAACAGUCUUAUUUUCCGUAACGCCUUUUACACAAGCACUGGUGUUUAGAUUGGCAAGCGCUGCAACGCUGGAGUUUACACUAAUGCUGUGACUCCAUAACAUAACCAUGUUGGGCCGUCAGCUAGACCUGUUGGCAUUUCCCCUCACAGGGGUUGUGUUCAUUAGAGCACGCGACGGAAAAUGAAAUUGAGCGCUUCUUAUGGGACAAGUCCUGUUUUAGUCCGUUUUGUUCCUAAUGAACAUGACCCAGUUUGGUCCACUGGGAAUAGCAGUUUUUUCUCUCAAAAUGUGGGUCAACAUUCUGUUACUGGUCAAGACUACUGAUUAGCUCUGUAUUUAAACGGUACAGGUGGGUGUGGAAUUCAUUCUAGUAACUGACCCAUGUAAAAUCCUAAGAAUGAACAUUAAAAAAAACUUUUACAUGUCAAAAUUAGUUCCACAAUUCCCCUUAGGUACAGAGAGUAUUUACUUUGACUCUACGUGGUAAAAUGGUAAUUACUCUCUUAUGUAAAGACAAUAUCUUGUGAAUUCUUUAUUUGUUUCUUUGGGAAUCAUCACAGCAAGCACUCCAAUCCAUGUAUCAACUAGUUGGUUACCAAUUGUGUUGAAUUCAUGUAAUUAGUGCCAGAAACUACCCAAUGACACCAUUUCUAAUUGUCCUAAUAAACGCCAGGUAAAUACCAGUGGAAACGGUGGUCUAAAAUGAAGUGUUACUGUAUAUUUAAGAGUCUCAUGACAUUCUUUCCCUGUAUUGUACUCCCAGAUGGCUUGUUGUGACCUGUCAGUGGGUGGGCGAUGAGGACAUAGGGGUUGAGGUAGCGUGAGAGAAAAUGACACAUGGAUAUAGGCAUAAAUGGCUACUGACCUCCAACCUCUCCAAAUGUGUCUAUAAGCUCCAGUAGGACCACUGUGACAACAGGUUACACAACUCUAUGUUCUAUUACUGCAGUAGUAUCAUGUGAAAGCAUGUCUGUGUACGCUAUCCACAAAGACUACAUGUGUGUUCUAUAGUCAAUCAGUUUAACAAAUGUAUUUAGUUUUGUCUAAUCUGCAGUUUCACAGAUUGUACCGGCCAGUGUUGCAAUACUUAACACAAGUGUAGUAUGGUCUUGCUACUGCCCACAAUACAACAUGUUGAAAUAGAAAUGCAGGGGAAAUUAUAAGUGAGUUUGAGUGUAUUUUUAUUUUAAAAUGUUCCAUGAUUUGGUUGUAAACACUGAAGUUCAUUCCAGGCUAGUUGGGGCUGAAAGUCUAAUAUAGCUGUGAACAGUCAGACGUCAAACAUUAAAAUGGUUCCUCUCCACCCCGUUUGGCAAAUGAAAACCUGAGCUUAGAUGCAUUCCUGGCCUGAAAUCUGAUGUGCCUGGGCUUGGGAGCAGACACACUCCUGCAUGUGAAGCCCUUCUUCUCCAUACACCUUUCUACUUUGUGCACAUGGCCCUGCAGUUGUUUUAACUAAUUGCAUGAACUAUAACAUUAUAGGCCUACAGGCCAGGUGUUCAUAAUGUUAGUGUGAUGGGGGAAGUUAUUCAGAGGCAGGCAUUGAGACAUCAGCGACAAUGUGUUCUGUAGGAAGUCGCAGGUUCAUUAACACACAGGACUUAGGCCCAGUCCCUACUACUAAUAUGUAUUCCAGGGGACAUCAUGUUACACAGACCAAUAUGAAAUGAGAAGUCACAUUGGCACUUUUCUCUCUGGUGUAAUAACUGACUUGUAGAUGAGUCUGUCUCUCUCUUCUGGUGUGUGUGCGUGCAUGCGUGCCUGCGCGCGCAGAGAAAGCAAGAGAGAUUUGGCCGGGUGCUCCAGUGAGGGGCCCACGUGCUCUGUGUGUGGUCCUGGUCUCUCCCUGACUCAUUCUCAGACAGCCAUGUUGCUAUGGGUUUUAAGGAGGCCCAAUGCUUCACUCAGAGAGAACGAUGGGGAAACAUGGGGCUCCCCUCAUUCAUACAGCACAGGCCAAAAACAAAACAUCCAUUGUCAUUUCAACCAGCAGGAGGUAGGCUGUUGGAGCAUUACAUCUAAUGCACUGCCCUAUAACGGUCAGGUUAGAGAGAGGCUUUGAUCACAUCACAAGCACGAAGAGGAUUGUUUGAGACUGUAUGGUGUUCUGUCUAUGUCAAUGAUGAAACAUUUAUUAAAUCUACAGUGUGGCUGUCCCAUUGGUUGAUAUAGACAGAAUCUUAAAUCUGACCAAUGUCAGUCACUUAUGGCUUCAUUUACAGUUAACUUAUAAUCAACCUCUGAAAGUUUUCUUGGUCAGUUUGAGGUCUCAUUCGGGUGAAGAGCAGUGCUACCUUAACGGAGAGAUAAUCCACAUUUCCAUUAUGAGGGUCUCCUAGGAAACUGAUUUAAUAUGGACUGGGAGGAAAUAAACAAGACAAACUUUUUUACACAUCCAAAAUGCCAUGAAGUUAUUCAUUUUUUAUAAUUCCACCAGGCCAUUCCAUUCCCCAACCAACACCCAUACAGUAGGCUGCACACUCGUUUAGAAACUGUGCAAUUUAAGCAGAGAAAAUGACAAUCUUGUCUGAUCUUUUAGAAUCAAAGUAGCCUAAGGAGUGGAUAAUUGACUUGUUUAUGUCCACGACAACAAACUUUCCCUGAGUGGCUACUGGCAUGCCACUGGCGGAUAAACUUGCAGUUACCAUUUUUGUGGUGGUGAAUGAACAGUCUUUGGAGUGGGCUGACAACGAAAUAUAGCCUACUGUGCUCGCAUAAUCACUAAGAUUUCAAUUGUAUGGCAAAGUGAGGCUCUAGUUUAAUCACAGAUUUGAAGUACUAUCGAAGAGACUACUGAAAUGCUUGUUCACACCAACAUAACUGAUCCGUCUGUGAUUGCAAAUCUAUUCAUUCUUAAUAGCAACAAGUGCAAAUGUAGGAGGUACGGUCAGAUGUGAGUCGUAGAGGACAAUAUGGGUCUUUGGAGAUCUUUCAAAGACUUGUUUUUGGAAAUGAACAAAGUGAGUGUCUUCCAGGUACUCCAGUUAUAUAGCCAAGCUAUCAUUUCUCAUGAUGUAUUCCUUGUGUUACAAUUUUUUUUAAAUAUUAUUAUUAGUUUUAUUUAUGUAUUGUAUUCUGCAGUGUUGGUAAGGGCCCAUAAGUAAGCGUUUUACUGUCUACACCUGUUGUUUACGAAGCAGGUGACAAUAACAUUUGAUUGUGAUUGAUUUGAGGAAUGUGUUGUGUCAGAAAUCAAGUCUCUAAAUGAACGGACGGUUAAACAAACAAGGAUACGAUAUAAAGGUAGACAGAUGGCUUUCUUACUGCAGGAGAGAGAUUGUUUUGCUAUUCCUAUAAGGCAUAGUUUUACCCAUGGAGAGGGGGAUGGGAUGAGAGGGUUUUGUUACUUUGGCUCUCCCCCACCAUGUGCAUACCAGAGGCAGAACAACAUAGCAGACACGACUGCAGGCGAGAAAAACAAAGACCAAACUCCAUCAGACACAACGCAGAAUUCUAUAGAAAUCCCCCAAAACUGCCUUUUUUUGGGAUAGGUCUACAUAGAUUAAAUGAAAAUAGUUUUUUUCCGCAAAAGAGGGGAAAGUGGGAGCGCGAGGGGGUUGGAGCGCGUAGACGAGAGAUCAUGUUACAGUUUCAGACUUUUCACGGCAAAUUGUGGGGGAGGGUGAAUCUGUUACUUUGAUUUCUUUUUAAUAGGCAUACCCAACAAAAACAGCGGAAGGAAUAGUUCCACUUGAUUUUAAUUGAAUGUCAUGCUUGCAUCUUUUCGUUUUUUGGUGGCGAUCGGAUUGUGUGUAGGGAAUUCCAGUGACAAAUCAAGGAUUACAUGACAAAAUGCUAAAUGAAAAAGUUCGGGACUGCGUGAAAACUGGGAAAACGUUUCGUUUCAUUGUAUCAUAAUGUUACAUUCGGCAUCAAAUGAACAAGAGCACUUCGUGCUAUUUUUAUUAACGGUUACUUUUUAGAUUACUGGAAUACAAAGUAUACUUUUUUUCUUCCUGGAAACAAAGUUGCACCGUUGAAUCUCCAAGAUGUCUUCCCGUGGAUGGAGUUCCAUUGUUGGUGGGUUGGGGAUGCUUUGCGUUUGGGCUGCCUCCUUUCUGGUUACUCAUGCGGUAACGGUACAGAGAAACGAAACCAUUUUCAAUGAUUUCUGCAAGAAAACUACAACAUGUGAAGUGCUUAAAUAUAAUACAUGUCUUGGGUCCCCACUACCGUACACGCACACGUCUCUUGCCUUGGCUGAAGACUCAAGUACCCAAGACGAAGCAUUUGAGAAGUUGGCCAUGUGGUCUGGUCUGAGGAACGCCCCUCGCUGCUGGGCGGUCAUCCAGCCCCUGCUGUGUGCCGUCUACAUGCCCAAGUGUGACAACGGGCAGGUGGAGCUUCCCAGCCAGCACCUGUGCCAGGCUACGCGUCGCCCCUGCAGCAUCGUGGACCAGGAGAGGGGGUGGCCCAACUUCCUCAAGUGUGAGGAGACGGACAAGUACCCCAUGGGCUGCACGAACGAGGUGCAGAAGCUGAAGUUCAACACGUCGGGACACUGCGAAGCCCCCCUGGUGAAGACAGACGUUCAGGCCAGCUGGUACAAAGAUGUGGAGGGCUGCGGCAUCCAGUGCAACAACCCCCUGUUCACCGACGAGGAGCACUCGGACAUGCACGCCUACAUCGCUGUGUUCGGCACCGUCACCCUGCUCUGCACCUUUUUCACUCUGGCCACUUUUCUGGCGGACUGGAAGAAUUCCAACCGUUACCCCGCCGUCAUCCUCUUCUACAUCAAUACCUGUUUCUUCAUGGGCAGUAUCGGCUGGCUGGCUCAGUUCAUGGAUGGAGCUCGCAAAGAGAUCGUGUGUAAGAGUGACAACACCAUGCGUUUAGGGGAGCCCUCGUCUACCGAGACUCUGUCGUGUGUCAUCAUCUUCAGCCUCGUCUACUACUCCCUGAUGUCUGGGGUGAUCUGGUUUGUCAUGCUGACCUACGCCUGGCACACGUCCUUCAAGGCCCUGGGCACCACCCACCAGCCCCUGUCGGGCAAGACCUCAUACUUCCACAUGGUCACAUGGUCCGUCCCCUUCAUCCUCACUGUGGCUAUUCUAGCCACCGCUGAGGUGGACGGAGACUCUGUCAGUGGGAUCUGUUUCGUGGGCUAUAAGAACUACCGCUACCGUGCUGGCUUUGUAUUGGCUCCCAUUGGAGUUGUGCUUGUCAUUGGUGGCUAUUUCCUCAUACGAGGAGUCAUGACGUUGUUCUCCAUCAAGAGUAACCACCCGGGUCUUCUGAGUGAGAAGGCAGCGAGCAAAAUCAACGAAACAAUGCUAAGACUUGGUAUAUUUGGGUUCCUGGCGUUUGGCUUUGUCUUAAUCACGUUUGGCUGCCACUUCUAUGACUUCUUCAACCAGGCUGAGUGGGAGAAGAGCUUCAGAGAAUAUGUGUUGUGCGAGGCCAAUGUGACGAUCGCUCAUCAGACCAACAAGCCGAUCCCAGAAUGUACUAUCAAGAACCGUCCCAGUCUACUGGUGGAAAAGAUUAAUCUGUUCUCUAUGUUCGGCACGGGCAUCGCCAUGAGCACCUGGGUGUGGACCAAGGCCACGAUCCUCAUCUGGAAACGCACCUGGUGCAAGGUUAUCGGCCGUAGCGACGAUGAGCCCAAGAGGAUAAAGAAGAGCAAGAUGAUAGCCAAGGCCUUCUCCAAGCGCAAGGAGCUCCACAAAGACCCGGAGAAGGAGCUGUCCUUCAGCAUGCACACUGUCUCUCAUGACGGGCCAGUAGCUGGCAUCAACUUUGACCUGAACGGGGAGCCAUCCAACGAGAUGUCUUCAGCCUGGGCCCAGCAUGUGACCAAGAUGGUGGCCAGGAGGGGCGCCAUUCUACCGCAGGACAUCUCUGUCACCCCUACAGGGACACCUGUUCCACCGCCAGAGGAGAGGAACAAGCUGUGGAUGGUGGAGGCGGAGAUCUCCCCUGAGAUGAUGAAGAGGAAGAAGAAGAGGAAGAAGAGGAAGAAGGAGGCGCGUCCUCUGGAGGAGCUGGCCGAACACCAGGGCUACCGUCAGCGAGAGUUUGGCACCAGCUCGGUGCCACGGCUACCCAAGCUGCCCGGCCACAGGAGCCUGGUGGCCAAUCUGAGGCAGCACCAGGAGGCUGAGGACGUCCUUCCAGGCUCUUACCCUGAGUUUAGGCCCUCUCAUCCCCUGCCCUACCAGGAGAGGUACGGAGGAGCCCUGGGGGCCUCCUCUAGCCAGAUGAGCAGGUACCCUGACCUCAACCCCCUCUCCCUCAGCGACCUGCCAGAGGACCUCGGCCUGGGGCCUCGCUGCCGCCCCCAACAACCACCCCUCUCCUUCUGGCAGCCCAAUGGAGCGUUCCACUACUCCGGGGAGGUGGUGCCUAUGGCAGGGCUGUCUGGGAGGACAGACCACGUGGGGAGGUCGCAGGGGGGUCAAAGGAGGGCGGAGUGGGGGCAGAUCCACUCUAGAACCAACCUGAUGGAGGCGGAGCUUAUGGAUGCUGACUCUGACUUCUGAGAGCAACCAUGUGGGGUUUUCUGGGGGUUUUUACAGACUGUGAGAGAAAAGUGCUGGAUACUUACACUUAUGGUGCUCCCUUGUCACUGCCCAACAGUCAAGAUGAAACAGGACUCAAGUCAAGUUAAUUGGUCAGAUCUGUUUUAUUUAAAGUGAAGGGCGAAAGGAGAACUGAUCAGGCCAAGGGUGAGUUUCAUGAAAGCUUCUUGGCUUAUGUCCCACUGGGCACAAACUGGUUGAAGCAACGUUGUUUCCACGUCAUUUCAACCCCCCAAAAUCUAUGUGAUGACGUUGAAUCAAUGUGGAAAACUGAUUGUAUUUGAAAAAAGUCAUCAACGUAAGGGCAUUUAGUAUUUUUUUCACCCAACCUUUAAGCUAAAUCCAAUGAAAUGGUGACAUUUGUUGUUGAUUUCACAUUGAAUUCACGUUAGUUAACAACUCAACCAAAUGUAAAUCAAAUCUAGACGUUGAACUGACUUCUGUACCCAGUGGGGUGGCUCUGAAUUUCUCUUAACAAAUCACAGUAGCUACAGUUUCAUAAAAAUGUGUUUAAAAAUCUAUAGCUGCGUUUAGACAGGCAGCCUAAUUCUGAUAUUUUUUAACACUAAUUGGUCUUUUGACAUCCUUUUCAGAGCUGAUCUGAUUGGUGAAAAAAAGAUCAGAAUUAGUCUGCCUGUCUAAAUGAGCUAAAUUAUUUGAAUAAAGCACUUUUCUGUUCUACAAGUGGUCUGGGUCUAUAGUUGUGGAGAGAAAUAAAGUACCUCGUUAGCUGCAAAGCUUUUGGGAAACGCCUCCCAGACUCGUCAAUGCUGUGUGACUUAUCGAAAAUAAUUCCACUUGUGGCAUUGGUCAGAAAACGGACAUGAUCACCCAUGUUGCAACAACUAACUUCUGUUGUCAGAAACAUUUCAUUGAAUGAUGGCAGCAGAAGAGGCAGCUCAACUCUGAACUAAUUGGAUGAGGGUCACCAUCACUGACAUGAUCCCGGGUCACUAUCUCUUGGAUCAGAUAUCACUCUUGUUGAUUUCAGUCUCAUAGCCAUUCAUUCAUUAUAUGACUUCCAAGACUCUUCCAGGGAUCUUGUCGUUCACUGAGUCAUUUCAUGCAUCUUAGGGUUCAUGUAAGUAGUGUAAAGUGGCUUCCUUUCCUUGUCUCUUUUCCACGUUAUUGCUGACUUUAGAAAACUGGACCGAUGAAAACUAACUCCAUGUAGGCGUUCUCCAUAUUGCUUUCAACUAGCCUGUGUUAAUAAACUAAAUAUUACUAGAUCUGUAACCAUGGAGAGGAAGCCACUUUAGAUGAUUGACAUGCAGCCUCAUCUGAUGCAGAAACUAUCAGGCUCUGGUAGUUCCAUGUCUUUGUAUAUCAUCGUCAACUAGUAGUCUGUACUUUUGUCGCAAAAAUAUAGAACUGUUUUUAUAUUGCCUGGUGCAAUCACACAAAAGUGAGCUUUUUUCACCUGAGGAGAAAGAGAAUUGAUUAGGUUUUUAUACCAGUGGAAAUGAAAUACACAACUGAGUGGGAAUCAAUCACUUCAUUUCUUGAAAGUGUUCUUGCACAUGUUAGCUACAUCAGUUAAAUUGUUACGUUUUUUUUCUGUACAAUUGUAUUAAAAAGGGUUAUUUUUUUACUGUAGUAUGUAGUAUUUCCACAUUGUGUUUUACUCUAUUGGCAGCAGUGCUUGACUUGGACUGAAAUACAGUAGGUGCCGGUACUAAUUUUACAUGCUGGUACUGUUUUUAUUUAGGUGCAGGAGCUCCACAAUACUUUUCAGCUAAUAUUCUAUAAGAAGAACAGGCAGUAGAAAAAUGUAAGGUGCCGGUACUCAGCUCCGGUAGUCAGCUCCGGUACUCAGCUCCGGUACUCAGCUCCGGUGAGCUCCUGCCCAAUUUAAGCAUACGUAUAGACAACCUUGGCUAUACUUUGUUGAGUUUUCUGUGUUUUUAUUGUAUAGGACAGUGCUUUAUAUUGUGUCAUGUUGUCCUAGAGUUGAGCAAAACACCUUUAUUCUCUGCUUGUAAUUAUCUGCUACAAUUUCUAAAUGCACGUGUCUUGUGCUUCUCUCUAUGUGUAGUGCACCUAUUCAUUUAUUGGGACCUAGGACGCAGUGGAGGCUGCUGAGGGGAGGAUGGCUCAUAAUAAUGGCUGGAACGGAGCAAAUGAAAUGGCAUCAAACACAUGGAUGUAUUUAAUACCAUUCCACUAAUUCCACUCCAGCCAUUACCACAAGCCUGUCCUCCCCAAUUAAAGUGCCACCAACCUCCUGUGCAAGGAUGCAGCAUACUUGUACAGUUCUAAGUUGUUAGACUGUAUGUUUGGUUGGUUUUCCAUGCUGAGGUACAUUACAGAUUUGCUCAGCAAAAGGGACAAUUUACUGAAGCUCGUGAUGUAGUUGUACCGAUGCUGUAACCAAAGUAAUUUAGUAUUAUUGUCUUUGCGUCACACUCACAACAGAAUAAAGAUGGUGCCAAACUACAGAUGUAGAAUCUUAAUUUGAUCAACCUGUUGCAGGAGAAAUGUAAAACUUGUACAGCAUUUGAGGUUUAAAAUGGCUUCUGAAGUUACAAAAAAUGGAUCAACCGUUACAAAAAUGGUCAUUAAUUAUAAUCCACAUAAUAACUCCCAUUUCCUGUUGCUGCAGGAUUAUGUUUCUGCUGUAGUCCUAGUAGCUAAUGUGCUGUGUAUAUCAGAGAUGAUUUAUAAAAUGUCCAUGUCUGGAAGAUAAAUUAAGCAAGCUGUAAAGCACUGCAAUUAAAAUAACACUGUAACAUUUGCUUAAUACAUUUGGACAUUUCUUGCACCAUCAGUGCAAACGAAUGUACAUUUCCAUUAAAAAAUGUGUUUUGUGAAAAGACAUAAGGGAUCUAUCAAGUGUAUAUGACGUCAACUGUAAUAUUUCUCAUGGAUACUGACCAGCCAGUUUAUUCCAUGGGAAAUGAACCUUGAUAUACUUUUUGAGGUAUUGUGAACAUUCUCAGUUUUCUUUUGCUGUCAAAGAGAACUAAAUACAGUCCAUCUCUUUGUGGGUUCUUUAUAUUGGCAAAACCCAUUCCCCUAUUGUCUAUGUAGCUUACUGCUGUUUCUCUCCACACUCACAUCUUGAACACAGAAUUGUAUUACUUUGAUCAUGAAGCUGUAUUUUUGUAUAAUUAUGUAAAUAAAAGGAAACCUAGAA